AUGAUAUGUGAAACCAAGCAACUGAAUUCAGAACCCCAACCCGAGGAGGAACUCGAGACAAUCAGAGAGGUAGGAACUGCUAGUGGCAAGCCCUCGGGCCCCUCGGCGCCCCGCCUGGUGCAGCGCAGCUCGCCGCUGGUGGUGGUGCGGCGCGGGGACGACGUGGCGCUGCCGUGCGUGGCCCACGGCUAUCCGCCGCCUCAGUACUGCGCACAGGAAGUGCACGGCUGUAGUAACAAUACCCCCGUUGCAGUGCGCUUGCUCAGGAGGUCUUUAGAUCUCGCCGAAACACGAGCGGUGCGAAGGAGCGGAGGCACGCCGGCGAUGGAUGCGGAGUUUCGAUGUCUCCGGAAAGAUCCAACCCGUGCAAGUGAUCUUGAACGAACUGGCUGCUUGUACGUUCGUAGAGACUUCGCAGCCUCUCGGCAUGCUCCUGAUGCCAUUGAACUGAUAAUUGCCACCGUGAGAGAUGGUGCUCGUUGCAUGAGAAGGUGA